CGUCGUGCCGCUGACGGCUGGGCGCCGCCAUCGCGGUAUCAAUGGCACUGCCCGUAGAGGAAUGGCAGCUGUGUGCUGCCCGGCGCUGGGCAGCGCUGGACCCGCCGCUACGGGAGCGGUUGGCGGCGGCGUCGCUGCAGGACACGGUGCGCCUGGGCUGCGGCCUGCUCCGGCCUGAGGUGGAGGCGGCGGCCCUGCAGCGUCUAUGCCGCCGGGCGCGGGCGGGCAAGGAGCCGGCGGCAGCGCGCUUCUACAGGGAGGAGGGAAACCGGUUGUUCGGCCGCCGCCAGUACGGUGCCGCCGGGAGGCUCUACUCGCAGGCGGCGUCCCAUGAGCUCCCCGGCAGCCCUGAGGUGUCCCUGUGCUUCGCCAACCGCUCCGCUGCCCUCUUCCACCUGGGGUGCUUUGAGGUUUGUUUGGAAGAUAUUGCCAGGGCAGAAAGUCAUGGCUACCCGGACAGGCUGCUGCCCAAGGUGCUGCUGAGGAAAGCUGAAUGUCUGCUGCGUCUGGGGAGGUUACAGGAGGCAGCUGGUGCCCUCAGUGUGGUAGAGAAUAAGAUUGCUAUGGAUGGGAUCAUGACGAUCCCUACACAGCAGACACUGCUAGAAAAGUUAAGUCAACUGAAGGUAAAAGUACACGAGAAGGAGACCUGCCCAGAGCCUGCACGAGAAGCAUGUGGUGACAUUCAAAGAGAGUCAGAGAUCUGGGAAGAGAAUGACAGCAUUUCAGGAGCAUCUUCAUCUUUGAGCUUGAAUUUUGAUACAGACAGAGGACGUCACUUGGUGGCCUCCCAGGACAUCCUGCCAGGACAGAGCCUGUUGAAAGAGGAGGCCUUUGUAAGCGUGCUCUGCCCAGGGGAGAGCCUUCUUCUGCAGGACAGCAGUGAAACAGCAUGGGAUACUCGAGUCACUAAUGCAGAUCUUUAUUGCCACCGGUGUCUGAGGCAGCUCCUGGCCUCAGUGCCUUGCUGUGGGUGCAGUUAUGCAAAGUAUUGCAGCCAGAAGUGUGCAGAUACGGCCUGGGAGCAGUACCACAGGACAGAGUGCUCCCUGGGACCACUGCUUCUCACAUUAGGGGUCUUCUGCCAUGUUGCCUUCAGGACUAUUCUACUGGCAGGUUUUCCAGAGGUUAGGAGGCUGGUGGAAUGGUCCCAUGAUGAUAACAAGGACCUUCAUAACCCUGAGGCAAGAUGCAAACAUGUUAGCGAAGCAGCAGAUACAAGAGCUGGUACCAGAGGUAUCCCUGGUUGUAGCAACGAUGGUCAGUACCAGAGUUCUUACCAGGCUGUGUUCAACCUUUUGCCACAUGCUGAGAAGCACAGCCCUGAACAUAAGUUCCUUUGCAUGCUGAGUGUCGUAGCUAUAUGCAGACAGCUGCAAGAAGCUGGCCUAGAGGCUGCUGUUCUCAAUCAGGAAUCAUCUAAGAAGUGGUCCAGACCAAAGCCUUGUGAAGAAACAUCGAGUGAAUUGUCUCCAGAGCUGAAGACUGUGGCAGAAGCAAUGCUGAGGCAUGUGUUGCAGCUGCAGUGUAAUGCACAAGCCAUCACUGUGAUGCAGGAGGCAGGGUCCGGAGAUGGUGCUGUUGUAAAUAAGAAGCCUGUGCGCCUGGCGACAGCCUUCUUUCCUGUCCUCAGCCUCCUGAACCAUUCCUGCUCGCCCAAUAUCAGUGUGUCAUUUAGUGGCACAGCUGCCACUGUCAGGGCAUCGCAGCCAAUCCCAAGUGGCCAAGAGGUUUUGCAUUGCUAUGGGCCUCAUCGAUGUAGAAUGAGGGUUGCUGAGAGACAACAGCUUCUCAGACAGUAUUUCUUUGAGUGUCGCUGCCAGGCCUGCCUUGAAGAGUUAGAGUCUGAUGUCAAGAGUGUGGUGGCCAUGAGAAACUCAUUCUGCUGUCCUACCUGCCGAGCUCCAAUGCAGGGGGAGGACAUGCUUUGCUGUUCAAAUGAAGCUUGUGCAAUCUCAGUCAGCAGAGAGAGCCUGUCACACCGUUUGCAGGAUCUUCAGCAACAAAUCAAGAAUGCGUUAGAGCUGCUAAGAGCCAGGAAGGCUGAUCAGGCUAUUAAAAUGCUCCAGAAGUGUCAGAUGAAGGCUGGAAACCUCUUGUCUCCAGAGCAUUUGCUGAUGGGAGAGAUGGAGGAUCAUCUGGCACAGGUCUAUGCUACUCUUGGGAAGUGGCAGGAAGCAGCCAGACACCUGCAGAGGAGCAUUGAGAUUGUGGAAAUGCAUCAUGGACCAUCAAGUGUAGAAAUAGGUCAUGAACUUUUCAAGCUGGCCCAAAUUCUCUUCAAUGGAUUUGCAGUUUCUGAAGCUCUGAGCACGAUUCAAAGAGCAGAGGAGAUUUUGUUGGUGCACUGUGGUCCACAGAGUACUCAGAUCCAGGAGCUACAAGAGAUGAAGACCUGCCUGUUAGAGCUUCCCAGAAGCAUCCUUCAGAGGACUUAAUUUCCCUGUCAAAAGAAGCUGCAGUGUGAUCUUUCAUCAAAGCUAAGUUUCAUGUGGUAAGGUAGUCGUGUAGGACAAGCUGGAAAAUCAUGUGUAACAACAACCUGAAUGAAGUCUGAAAUGCUCUCUAGUGAGACUGUUGUAAAUAAAAUGACCAGUUGUAACAUAA